AUGCGGUCUACCUUUCGUAGUAAUCUAUCUGUCUAUCUAUCUAUCUAUCUAUCUAUCUAUUUUCAUAUUAUAUGUAUGUCUGACAAAGCCUGUUCAAGUCUGGCUAUUCAUACAAUCUGUUUAUCUACAUAUGUCUAUUCAUAUCAUAUGAUUCUAUUAAUAUUAUCUAUCUAUCUAUCUAUCUAUCUAUCUAUCUAUCUAUCUAUCUAUCUAUCUAUGUCUGUUCAUACUAUGUAUAUCUAUUCAUGCUAUCUCUCUAUGUCUAUGUAUGUAUAUAAUAAUCUAUCUAUAUAUCUAUUCAUAUUAUCUAUCUCUCUAUGUCUGUUGAUAAUAUCUAUCUAUCUAUCUAUCUAUCUAUCUAUCUAUGUCUAUUCAUGCUAUCUAUAUAUAUAUAUAUAUUCAUACUAUCUGUUCAUAUUAUCAAUCUAUUUAUCUAUCUGUCUAUGUCUAUUCAUACUAUCUGUAUUCAUACUAUCUCUCUAUUUGUGUAUCUAUGUAUGUAUGUAUGUAUCUAUGUAUCUAUCUAUCUAUCUAUCUAUCUAUCUAUCUAUCUAUCUAUCUAUUCAUAUUACCUAUUCAUAUUAUCUAUCUCUGUCUAUUCAUACUAUGUACGUCUAUUCAUAUUAUCUAUCUAUCUAUCUAUCGCAGACAGCCCAUAUCUAUCUAUCUAUCUAUCUAUCUAUCUAUCUAUCUAUCUAUCUAUCUAUAUUCCUACUAUCUAUUUAUCAUUUUUUAAUCGCUAUUCGCGUUUUCGUUUUUUUUUAUCGCCAUUUAUAUCCUCACGUUCUUUAUCGUUUUAUUUCUUUAUGUGUUUGUUUUUUGCUCGUUCUUGUCACAUCGUUUUUAUUUAACAAAUGUCGAAUCAUUUAUUACGUUUAUCCAAUAGAUGAUUCCAUGCCUUCUUUAUUCCUCUGCGUCUUUUCUGUUUCUUUCUUUCUUGCUUGCUUUCUUUCUUCUGUGUUGUCAUUUAUUAAGCUUAGCUUGGUCCCCACCUUGCCCUACUUAUUUUACUGUCUUUUCUCUAUUGUCUUUCUUUUUGUCAUUCUUUCUUUUUCUUUCUUUCUUUCUUUCUUUCUUUCUUUCUUUCUUUCUUUCUUACCUUCAUUAUUCCUUUCUUUCUUACCUUCAUUCUUCCUUUCUUUCUUUCUUUCUUUAUUCCUUCCUUCCUUCCUUCCUUCCUUUCUUUCUUUCUUACCUUUAUUCUCCCUUUCUUUUCCUUUCUUACCUUCAUUAGUCAUUUCUUUCUUUAAUUACAUGAUUUUUUCUUUCUUUCUUUUUUCUUUCUUUCUUUCUUUCUUUCUCUCUUUCUUUCUUUCUUUCUUUCUUUCUUUCAAUGUUUUUUUUCUAUCAAUCUUUCUCUUUCUCUUUGUUUCUUUCUUUUUUCUCUUUGUUGGUUUCUUUAUAUCUUUAUUUUCUCUUUCCUUUUUUUUCUUUUUUGUUUGUUUCUUAAUGUUUCUCUUUGUUGCUUUCUUUUACUCUGUUAGUUUUUUCUUUCUUUCUUUCUUUCUUGUUCUCUUUUUCUCUUUCUUUUUCACUUUGUUGCUUUCUUUCUUUUUUUCUUUGUCUGUUUGUUUCUUUUUUUCUUCCUUUCUUACUUUCUUUCUUAUUCUCUUUGUUGUUCUCGUUUUCCUUUUUCUAUAG